AUGAUGUCUACUGCUUCAACGUCAAAAGAAAUACCUUCGAUUAAUACUAUGUUAAAGGAUACGGGUCAACCACCUUUAACUUCGCUUUCAUCUUCAUCAUCAGAUAGCAUUCUUAAUCGUACUCCAUCCUUAUCAAAUAAAUCAUCACCCUCAUUACUUAAUAAUAACGGAAACGCCCAUUUACAACCGAAAUUAGCUUCACCUUCAAAUUUAAUAUCAAUAUCUCCAUUAUUAUCUUCAAGUUCGCCUCAUACUUCAAAUAAUAUAUCACCGACUACGCAAAAUAUUAAUAUUAAUACUAAUUCUUCUGCUCAUGCAAACAAUUCUUCAUGUGACCCACCGCGAAAAAGAUCAAAAAUAUCAAGGGCUUGUGAUUCAUGUAGAAGAAAGAAAGUAAAAUGUAAUGCUGAUUAUUCUCAGGCUUUACAAAAAGUUACCAAGAUUUGUACAAAUUGUGAAAAAAAUAAAGAAGAUUGUUUAUUUUCACGAACUCCAUUAAAAAGAGGUCCAUCAAAAGGUUAUAUACGAGAAUUGGAAGAAAAAGUAGAUAUAAAUAACAAAAAACCACCUACUAAUGAACAACAACAACAACAACAACAACAACAACAACAACUUCAUAAUAAACCACUACCAUUUCCACAACAACUGACUAGUUCUAAAUCAUCAAUAAUUUUACCUCCAUUAGUUGGAUAUGCGACAUCUUCAGUACCUCAAAAGUUAUCACCAACUCAUCAAUCAUCCAAUCCAUCAAGUCCCAGAACUCAACAACAUUCAAUUUCAGGUUUAUUGAAUAAUGAAAAUACUGCACUUAAAAAAUCAGAUUCAACUACUGCUACUUCGACAAAUAGUCCGCCUAUUCAAGGUCCUUUCUGGAAAGUACCUUAUGAAUUACCACAAUCAUCUUUAUCUAGAAAAUCUUCAAUAACGAGUAUAUCUUCAGCAAAUAAUAAUGAUAACACCUUACGUAGAAGAUCAUCAAUAGAUUCAAUAUCAUCUACGUCAACAAAUGGAUCAAGAUUACCAUCAAUAAAACCAAUGUGUUCGAAUGACUAUAUAACGGAUAGUGAAUCAGAGGAUUAUUAUUCCGUAAAACUGUAUAAUUCAAGACCAGUAGUUAUAAGAUCAAACUCUCAAAGUUUAUCUCCACGAAAUUCAAUAACUUCAUUAUCAAGUUUAAAUAAUAGAGUUAAUCAAUUUUUAAAUAUAACACCAACUCCAUCACCUAAUGUACCAUAUCAACAACACAUUCCACCACCACAACAACAACAUCAAUUUCAACAAUUACAAGUCCCGCCACCACAAGCUCAAUUUUUACCACCUAUAAAUCCAUUGGAUUUAAAUCUCAAGUUAUAUUAUGAACAUUUUCACUCCGCAUUUCCAAUAUUGCCAUUCAAUUCAAACUUAAUAAUUGACAUAAUAAAAGAUUCAAAUUCAUUACAUUUACAAGAUUGGUUAGUUGAAUUAUUUAAUAUCUCAUUGAACAACUUGAUGAAUUUCAAAUUGAUUCCAAUUAGUCAAUCCAUUAAUUUAUUUCAAAGGUUAAUUCAAGCAUAUCCAAUUGAAUCACCAACUACUUCAUUUUCAAACUCAUCUUUAAUUUUUUAUUUAUCAAGUUUGGUAUUAAUUAGUUAUACAUUAAUGCUUAAUGGAGAUUCGUAUAAUCAGAGUAUAUCAGUUACAAAUUCCAUAUUGAAUGAUUAUAGAGUAAUUGAAAAAUUCAUAAAUUAUAAUAACCAACAAAAUAAUCCAGAUUUAGAUAAUAUAGUGAAUUAUUUUAUGAAAUUAUAUUAUUUGUUGAAUGUGAUAGAUGGAAUAAAUAGUCUUCAAUUGGGUCAAUUCAAAAAUAUAAAUAUCCCAAAUAAUUUCAACUCAUUUAUUAAUUCCAAGAUUAAUACAUUUUUACCUAAAGAUGAUCAAAUAAUCAAAGUAAAUCAAUUAUUAAACUUACUCAUUGAAAAUCAGCACAAUUUGAUUUUCAAUCAAGUUAGUAAACUUCAAGUCCCACCUCAAGUUGAAUCAUCAAAUACAAUAUUUACAUUUUUUAACUCAUUCAUAAUUGAAAAAAAUCAAGUAAUUAAUUACAUAUAUGAGUUGAAAUCACAAUUAACAAAUUCAAAUUUUGAUAAUGACGAUUUAUUAGAUUGCAACGUAACACUUAUACGUCACUUAAAAAAAUUCACGAAUUCAAUAUUGAGCUUCUCAAAUCAAAAUGUAGCUUUAUUUUCACCAAUUUUAAACAUUGCAAUAUGUCAAUUAUUCAAGAAUAUUAAAUUUAUAAAACUCGUAAUUGAGAAUAUAAAAUGUAAUAAUGAAAUGAGUAAAAGAUUAGAUAAGAUAAAUAAUGAUUUAUCAAUAAGUUUCAAUUUAUUAACUUUAAAUAUCGUAAAUUUGAAAAUCGGUAAUAAGGUUGAUUUAAUACUUAAACAAAAGUUGCAAGAUUAUAAUCUACAAUUCAAUAAAGUUGAAAAUAAAACUGUUGAAUUAAAUGAUUGGAUAAAUUGUUUGAAUAAUGUCAUUAUUCCAUUUGUGAAUUUAGAUAAUCAAGGUUGGUUAUAA